AUGCCUGUGUGGCAGCCCGUGACCCUGCCGCCCGCAGACCUGGACCUGACGGUGCGCGUCCUGCUGUAUGCACUGAUCUUUGUGCUGAGUGUCUGCGGGAACGCCCUGGUCGUGGCCGUGCUGCUCCUGAACCGCCGCCUGCGCACCGUCACCAACUCCUUCCUGCUCUCCCUGGCGCUCAGCGACCUGAUGCUGGCACUCUGCUGCAUGCCCUUCACGCUCGUCCCCAACCUCAUGGGCACCUUCAUCUUCGGAGAGGCUGUCUGCAAGCUCAUGGCCUACCUCAUGGGCAUCUCCGUCUCAGUCUCCACCUUCAGCCUGGUGGCCAUCGCCAUCGAGCGGUACAGUGCCAUCUGCAACCCACUGCAGUCCCGCGUCUGGCAGACCCGCUCGCACGCCUGCCGGGUCAUCGCCAGCACCUGGCUCUUCUCAGCGCUGCUCAUGCUGCCCUACGCCGUCUACAGCACCACGCGUGCUUUUGGCCCCCGCCCGCCUGUCAGCCAGUGCACCCAUGACUGGCCCAGUGAGCAUGUCCGGCAGGCCUGGUACGUCCUGCUGCUCCUCGUCCUCUUCUUCAUCCCGGGUGUGGUGAUGAUUGUGGCUUACGGGCUCAUCUCCCGCGAGCUCUACCGAGGCAUCCGCUUCGAGCUGGACAUCAAGGGGGAGACUGCAGCUCAGCGCAAUGGCAGUGGGGAGCCGGCACCUGCCUGCGACGAGGGGGACGGCUGCUACCUGCAGCUCUCCCGGCCGGGUGGCGCGCUGGAGCUGCGGGCGCUGGGCGCGGCAGGCGCUCAGCAGGACCGGGCACGCAUCAACAGCUCGGAGGCAAAGCUGGUGGCCAAGCGGCGCGUGAUCCGCAUGCUGGUGGUCAUCGUGGCCCGCGGCCGGCGCCCUGUCGGCCCCGCCAACACGUGGCGUGCCUUUGCCCCGCGGGCAGCCCAGCGGGCGCUCUCGGGGACGCCCAUCUCCUUCAUCCACCUCCUCUCCUACACCUCUGCCUGCGCCAACCCCCUCAUCUACUGCUUCAUGAACCGCCGCUUCCGGAAAGAAUCCCCGGACCCUCGGGGCAGCAGCCGGUGCUGCCUGCGGGAGUGGUGA